AUGAUCGUUCGUAUCCAUUCCUGUCCUAUCCAGGAGGAACACGGACACGAAUCGAUGUCGCCCAGCAUCCCGAUACUUUUCGCUCUGUUGCUCACGCUGAUAUCGGGAUCAACGGAAGGCGGAUGGGGAACGGAUUCCGUUGCGCUGUUGCGACAAACUCUCAGAUAUUGGCGGAAAAUAUACAACACGUACGACGAGGAGGUGACUCUGGGUUACUGUUGGGCGGACUAUUUGGUUCAGAUAAGCGUCGAAUUGUCGACGAAUCCAUCCGCGUCGCUAUUCCCGACGGGAGACUGUUCCAAUACGACCGCCUGGGCGACGAAAAGCCAGCGAAACCCAUUUCCGGAAAAUGUAAUGGCCGAUGCGACGCAGCGCAGAGAAACGCUGCGAGGACAUUUACGGGAGAAACGGUCGCAUGCAACGACGGGAUCCACUAUUUCGGAGUUCAUGAAAGAUCCUAAUGGGCAUCGAAUUGCCACGGGAUGGAAAAUAACGGGAAAGCGAGAGAGACGGAUGACGAAUGAAGCUGGUCAAGGCGUUGCAGCGGGUGCCGCACAGGAAGAUGCUGAUAGAUCCAACGAGGACGAAAGGUUCACAGCCAUGACUGAUUCUCGCGCUGAGGGAAGGCGACACGUACUUUCGAUCGCGCAAUUGGAUCUUCCUGGCGAGGAACUAGAGCCUGCCACGCUGCGUCGCGAAUUUGCAUCGCGCGGGACAAGUUCGCGGGCCGUUAAUCCGACGUCUAAUCCCAGGGAUGAUGACGAAGUCGACUCGGCGGGAGUCCCGCGGGACCACGCGGAGGAGGAUACGCGUCGUAAAGUUUUACGCGCAGCGACGACGAGCCAUCGCGGUCCCUCCAUCGACAACGCCGACCGACCGCGUUCAUUUUCACUCAAAGCUUUCCGCGCAGGACCCCGGAAAUCGCUCGACACCAGUCGAUUUCGCUCUCGACGGUACUCACCGUCUCGAGAAAGAAAUCUGAGAGUCAGCGAGCCGUUAUCUGAGCUGGCUGACUAUCGCGCAACGAGGACGAGUGAUCCCGAAGGACGUGGAGUCCCUUUGAACAACGACGAAAGGUCCCCGAUGCCGUCGCUUUCGCAGUUCCGGCGGAUGAACGUGGGAUCGGGAGGACGUGGUCGUAUGGGCGUCAUAAAGUUGAUGGAUUCCGAGGGAAAUUCAUCGCGUGAACCAGCACGGCCGAUAAAUUUGUCCCGACGGAAGCGCGUGGAAUUAUCUCGCGAUUGGCUUUUAUCGUCGCACGGAAGAUCGUCCCCGGAGUUUCGGGAAAGCACUGCGAAGGUAGACGAAGGCGACACGGGAAAAAGACAAGGGCGCUAUCAACGAUCGAGUGGAGAGGAAAGGUCGUCUCGCCGAGUGAGCGUCUUACCGAUAUAUCCUGGCGGGGGUGCCAGCGGCUUUCCGUCGGGAUUCGGUCGCCGGUCGCGUCGACAAAUGCCCUUCGAAAAUCGGGAAGUUCCCCGUUCCCCGAUAAUAAUCCCGUGGGAAUCGAGCCAGCGCGACGAGCAUGCGCGAAUCAAGAGAAGCGCGCUUUCUUCGGCACGUGUGAAACAAAUCGUGGGAGGUUACAGGGACAACGAGAUCACGCCGACUAAAAAUUCGGAACUGUGCGUGUUAAAAGAUAUGAAGCGAUCUCUCAACCUGCUGCUCUUCCUGCCGGAGGAUAUACGUGUGAUCGUCGUCAAUGUUUUGAGAACGCUAGGUGUAUUCGUGCAGAUCGGCCGGCAGUUCAUAGAUGUCGUCAACUCGAACACAGCACUCAGCUGCACGAAGGAGUACUUGGCGUUCAAAAUCGAGAGGUGGUUGGACACCUUGUGAGAUCGACAAGUUUCGAGACGCUCUUUCCCGGCUCGUCGAGCUUUCAGCCGUCGGAUGGAAGAGCGUCGUAUAUCGUCCGCUUACGUUUGAGAAACACAGGAAAAGUUUGCGAGAGUACCUAAUAUAAGAUUUCGCCGCUUUAUCACGUCGGCCUUUUUACGAUUCUAUAAAGAGGAGGAUUCGAAUUUUUACGUCGCUCCGGAAUGGGGUGGCUCGCGAGAACUAAUAUAGCUUUAUGCACGCGGAACGACACUGUUUCAUUUAACGGCUCAUUUGAUGAAGCAUUUUGACUCGUAUGUUUUCAUUCGAUGUCUGUCCGCCGAACUAUCCGAGAGAAGAAAUUCGCCAGCGAAUUUGUGAGUUUUUACCUUUUUUUCAUUUCAUUUUUAUGGAUCAAUACAAACGCAAUGAAUUAUUUUAACGCUGCCUAGUCCCUUGUGUCGAGUCUUCGUCGAAUAUCGCGCAUGUUCCGUUCCAGUUGACCUUAUAAAAACUAAUUUUUUAUAUAUUAAUAUAAAACCUAUGUGUACAAGAGUGUAUUAAAGAUGUGUGAAAAGUUUGAAGCCAUCGAUUUAAUAGUCUACAAAAAAUCCUACACGAUAAUGUUGAAAACAUGGUUCCGAGAGAAACGCGUUCAAAGUUUUAUUAUCGCUUAUACUCCAAUAAACAAAAGUAUUUUAUAACGUGAUUAUAAUACAAGACUUGUGUCAACUCAAAGAAUAAUUUUGCAGUCAUUUUCAAAAUUAUCAAUGUCCUUGAUAUUAAGAACACUUAACUAGUAUUGACUUCUAUUUGUAAAUUCCCUAAGUUUCAUUAAAAUCGGAAUAAUAUUAUAGUUAGGAAAUAGAAAACUAAUCUGGUAAUAGCAAAGUAAAUUUUCAAAGUUACCUCUCGAAAUUUUAUAUUAACAAUCGUGUAUCUCCAUCGUGACUGAGUAAAAUUAAGCGCUACGUUACUAACUAAAAUGAAAUUUCUUGCAAGUGUAUACUGUUUCUAGUAAUAAAUGCAAUUUUUAUUCA